GGCACCAAAUUGAUGACUAAUCCCUAGUCUUCAUCUGAAACAAAAAACCAAAACGACGUAUUUUUUUCCCCUUUCGUUCUUUCUUUGUGGAGAUUAUUACUUUAAUUAAACCCAGAAGAAAACCAUGGAAAAAGGGCAUUUAAUCUAUUACCUAUAUAUGGUUUACCCCUUUUGAGUUAGGGUUUUUUCCUACAAGUUUCUGAAAUGUCUGGGAUUCUGUUUUUUUGUUCAUUCAUAUCCAUUUCAAUUCUUGUACUUCAUUAAUUUUCCUUCCGGAUUUACCCUUCUCCACUGUCUUGGCUGCUUAGGGAAGCUACUAAUUGUUCUUUUUUAUUCAUAUUCUCUGGAAUUUUCAUGGAUUCUUGGUGAAUUUUCGUGGAUUCGAUUGUUUAGGGCAUACCCUGAAAGGGGUCUUGCUGGAUUCUUCUGGGUUGCAUUUUCUGCUUGGGAAUUGGAGAACAGUGAUGAAUGAUAUGGUGGUACUAGAUACGGUUUUUCUUACACGUGACAUAGUUGCUCUAGUUUCGGGACUGUGAUAUGGGGACAGAGCUUAUACGAGUUUCUGUGGAAGAAGAUAGUGAUGACUUUCCAUCAGUUCCACCAGGUUUCGAGUCAUAUAUAUCAUUUCCUCUAGGGAAAGUGCACAAUCAUGAAAAAGCUCACGUCCCAGUUAGUUUGCCGACCAUCUCCGAGUCACAACCAGUUAAAGUGGAAACUGAGGUAGAAAUUGCCGAUGUUCCAAAAGUAACAAGGGCCCUCCGACGUAAACCAUGUAUAAACUACAGACAAUUUGAGUACUGUUCCGACGACAAGCUUGAUACUAAGCGCGUUGAUCAGAAUUUUUCGUCAAGGCCGCCUCUUUCGAAGGGGGUCAUCCGUGGAUGUCCUCAAUGUAAUAAUUGCCAAAAGGUUGUUGCGAGAUGGCGUCCAGAAGAAUCCUGCCGGCCGGACCUUGAGGCCGCUCCUGUGUUUUACCCAAAUGAAGAGGAAUUUGAAGAUACUUUGACAUAUAUAGCAAGCAUACGAACAAAAGCAGAACCAUAUGGGAUUUGUCGUAUUGUCCCGCCAUCUUCUUGGAAACCUCCAUGCCCGCUGAAGCAGAAACAUAUUUGGGAGAAUUCUAAAUUUGCAACUCGUGUCCAAAGGAUCGAUAAGCUUCAGAAUCGGGAUUCAAUAAGAAAGAACUUUAGAGUUUGCAAUCAAAUGAGACGGAAAAGGAGGAGGGUUAAUCGAAAGGGGGUUGAUGUUACCACCUUAAAUGGAAAAAAUGAAGAUGCGGGGUCUCGUGCGACAGAAAGAUUUGGAUUUGAUCCUGGUACAGAUUUUACUUUAGAAUCGUUUAAAAAAUAUGCCGAUGACUUUAAGUCUCAGUAUUUUAGUAAACCACUCCAUGAUACCGCUAAGGGAUGUAAUCCCUCCAUGCUGCAAGAGAACGAGCAUUGGAAACCGUCUGUGGAAAAUAUUGAGGGUGAAUAUUGGCGGAUGGUAGAGAAGCCAACGGAAGAGAUCGAGGUGCUCUAUGGGGCUGAUUUAGAAACUGGAGAGUUCGGCAGCGGUUUUCCGAAGAGUUGCUGUCAAGAGGGCUAUACAUCAGAUGACGAUAAGUAUGUAAAAUCUGGCUGGAACCUGAAUAACUUUCCGAAGCUUCCCGGUUCGGUCCUUAGCUAUGAGAGCAGUAAUAUAUCUGGAGUCUUGGUACCAUGGCUGUAUAUUGGGAUGUGCUUUUCGUCCUUUUGCUGGCACGUUGAAGAUCACCACCUCUACUCUCUGAAUUACUUGCACUGGGGAGAUCCCAAAGUAUGGUACGGAGUUCCAGGAAACGGUGCCGGUAAAUUAGAAGAGGCUAUGAGAAAGCAUUUACCUGAUCUCUUCGACGAACAACCCGAUUUACUUCAUAAAUUGGUUACGCAACUUUCUCCGUCCAUACUGAAAUCUGAGGGUGUACCUGUAUAUAGGUGUAUUCAGAAUCCUGGAGAGUUUGUUUUGACCUUCCCUCGUGCAUACCAUUCGGGAUUCAACAGUGGUUUCAAUUGUGCCGAGGCAGUUAAUGUAGCUCCGGUUGACUGGUUGCCCCAUGGUCAAAUCGCCGUAGAAUUAUAUCGUGAGCAGGGACGAAGAACUACUAUUUCCCACGAUAAACUAUUGCUCGGUGCAGCGAGGGAAGCUGUGAGAGCACACUGGGAGCUUAAUUUACAGAAAAGAAACACUUUGGAUAACUUAAGAUGGAAUAAUGUUUGUGGAAAAGAUGGAGUCCUAGCAAGAGCAUUCAAGACACGUGUUGAGCUGGAGUGUGCACGGAGGAACAUUCCGUGCAGUUCUUCUCGGGCAAUGAAGAUGGAAAGCAACUUUGAUGCCUCUAAUGAGAGGGAAUGCAGUUCAUGCCUCUUUGACUUGCAUCUAUCUGCAGUUGGGUGCCGUUGUUCACCAGAUAAGUAUGUGUGCUUGAAUCAUGCAAACCAGUUGUGUUCUUGUGCAUGGGAAGAGAAAUUUUUUCUCUUUCGUUAUGAUAUCAGUGAAUUGAACAUACUUCUUGAAGCAUUGGAAGGAAAGUUAAGUGCAAUAUACAGGUGGGCUAGGCAGGAUCUCGGUUUGGCGCUUAGUUCAUCGAGGGAGUUGAAUUCUCAAUCAUCAACCAAGUCGUUCGUGAAUUCUCGGUUGGAAGAUUUCUUGAUUCGAUCUUCAUUAUUGCCAACUCUAACUGCUAUUGACAGCCCGUCUCACCGUGCCGAAAAGGUAUCCGAAGUUACUGCUUCAUAUCUAGAAGAUAAGAAGGUAGUUUCUACACUUAAUGGAUCUGGGAAGGAAGUCGAGCAGAAAAAUCGUAAAUCUGAGGUGAAAAGCGAAAACCAUGAACUCGUGUCAACCAAUACAAAUGCUCUGAAUUUGGUAGAAGCGAAAAGUCGAAUGCAUAAAACGUGUCCUGAAAAUGUCAUUCUACUAAGUGAUGAUGAAGGCGAUGAGUAUAAGAAGACGAUUUCAAAUGGUUUAGCUGAAAGUUCCGAUCGGUUCGCUGAGGUUGAUUCUAAGGCUAGCCUGUGCAACUACAAUGAAAAUGCAAUCUUGCGUACCCCGGUGACCGAUGCAACAACCAUGGUCGAAAAGGAAGACAGGACAUCGAAUAGUUGUCAAUCGAGCGUUGAACCUUUAAAUAAUAAACAGUCUCCAAACGCGGUUAGAAAUGCAGCUAAUGCCGUUCAGAACAAUAGUUUUUCAGAAGUCGGAUUAGGUCAUAGUAAUAUAUUAUUUCGAGCUUCAACGGACACUGAUUCUCAAAAACCACAAAUGUGUAGCUCUGGAAAACCGAUCGAGGCUAAGCCGGGAAACGUCGGAACAAGCGCUACUUCUUGUGCUAAUGUGGACAGAUUCUUGAGGCAAAAGGGUCCUCGAAUGGCGAAGGUCGUUCGGAGGAUUAACUGCAAUGUCGAGCCUUUAGAAUAUGGAAACGUGAUCUCGGGAAAGUCUUGGUCGAACAGUCGGGCCAUUUUUCCAAAAGGAUUUAAGAGCCGGGUCAAGUAUAUAAGCGUUUUAGAUCCGUCAACUGUAUGUUACUACGUUUCUGAAAUUCUCGAUGUUGGACGGGACGGACCUCUUUUCAUGGUUGUUUUGGAGCAUUGUCCAAGUGAGGUAUUCGUUCAUGUUUCUGCUUGCAGAUGUUGGGAGUUGGUUAGAAACCGAGUCAAUCACGAAAUCGCGAAGCAACAUAAGUUGGGUCGAACAAAUCUCCCUCCUCUACAGCCUCCCGGGAGCUUAGAUGGGUUAGAAAUGUUCGGGUUUACCUCACCGGCAAUUGUUCAGGCCAUUGAGGCGAUUGAUCAAAAUCGAGUAUGUUGUGAGUAUUGGGACUCUCGGCCCUAUUCUCGGCCUCGUGUACACAAUCCACAACUAUCUCAGUCGACAGAAAUUAGUCGAAACUUGCAAACAACCGAAAGGAAUCACGAGGCCAAUCCUAGGCCUAGUAGAGUCGAUAUAGUACUUAGGGGAUUGUUGAAGAAGGCAAACCCGGAAGAACUAAACUCACUCUAUACUCUUUUAAAUGAUAAUAGGUCAACAGUUGAUCGAGACGUGCUGACUCUUCUUAACGAAGAGAUUCAAAGUCAUCGCAGAUGAUUCUUCAUUGUUGGUUCAGUAUUUUGAUUCGACUGAACUUAGGGUGGCGGCGUUAAUCAACUGGUGUAAAUACGAGCUGUUGAUAUCAGUAUCGGUAUCAGUAUCAGGUUCUUUCUUGUACAUGCUUCUUUUAGCCUCGUGAUUCUAAGUUCUAACUUCGAGAGGAAAGAACGGGAAGGGAAGUGGGGCGUUCCUCCGAAUCAACAUUCUAUUUAAAGGUUUAGUGUAGAGAGAGAGAGAGAACCUUUGGUUUCAAAUUCAAUAAACCCAAUUGGAUUUACAUCCUUUGGUUCUAUCUAAUUUGGAUUUUGUACAUUGAAAACAAUAGAUUUCAUUGAAUGUAAGCUGAAAUUAUAAACUUUGAGUGAAAUAGUUUGAUU